ACUUGCUCUGCUUUCUCUCCACACCUCGCACACUCUCUCUCUCUCUCCCUCUCUGUCACAAUGCCACAACAUCGCUCUGUCUCUCUUCUACUUUGAUAGAAAGAAACAGUAGUCUAGUUUGGGCAGAAACUGUGAGAGAGAAGACCUCGAAACAGAGCAUAGUCUACUGUGAGAGACACAGAGAGAAACAGAGCAAGAGCAAGAGAUCGAGAGAUCUGUACUGGGUUCAAUAGCCCAUACAGACAUAUACAUAGUUUUAUAUAUAGAGAGAGGGAGAGUAGAUCUAAUUGGUUUGUUUUUUUUUGAAAAGUGCCCUGUUUUGAGUGCUCUGUUUUUGAUUUAGAAAAAUGGCGGAUAUAACAGCAAAGGCUCUGAUACCAGAGACAUUUCAGGGGGCGAGAGAUGACAUAGCGGGGCAAAUUGGGUUGAUUUGGGAACUAAUCAAAGCACCAUUGAUUGUCCCUGUGCUCCAGCUCGCUGUGUAUAUAUGCUUGACUAUGUCACUCAUGCUUUUCGUAGAGAGGCUUUACAUGGGUAUUGUUAUCAUACUCGUCAAGCUCUUCUGGAAAAAACCCGACAAGCGAUACAAUUGGGAGCCAUUUCGUGAAGACUUGGAAAUCGGCAAUUCUGCUUUCCCUGUUGUCCUUAUUCAAAUCCCAAUGUACAAUGAAAGAGAGGUUUACAAGAUCUCUAUUGGGGCAGCCUGUAACUUAUCAUGGCCGUCGGAUCGGAUUGUGAUUCAAGUACUUGAUGACUCUACAGACCCUGCAGUCAAGGAUAUGGUGGAGAAAGAGUGCCAAAGAUGGGCUAGCAAGGGAGUGAACAUAAUAUACCAAAUCAGAGAAACCAGGGGAGGCUACAAAGCUGGUGCUCUCAAGGAAGGAUUGAAGAGAGAUUAUGUCAAACACUGUGAAUAUGUCGCCAUUUUCGACGCUGAUUUUCGACCGGAACCAGACUUUCUCCGGCGAGCAAUCCCCUUCCUCGCCCUCAACCCUGAGAUUGCCCUUGUUCAAGCUCGUUGGAGGUUUGUAAAUGCAGAUGAGUGCUUGAUGACAAGAAUGCAAGAGAUGUCAUUGGACUAUCAUUUCACGGUCGAGCAAGAAGUUGGAUCAGCCACUCAUGCCUUCUUUGGUUUCAAUGGGACUGCCGGUGUAUGGAGAAUUGCUGCAAUCAAUGAAGCAGGUGGGUGGAAGGACCGAACAACAGUUGAGGACAUGGAUCUUGCUGUCCGAGCCAGUCUCAAGGGAUGGAAAUUUGUUUACCUUGGUGACCUGCAGGUGAAAAGUGAACUUCCUAGCACUUUCAAAGCCUUCCGUUUCCAGCAGCACAGAUGGUCCUGCGGUCCUGCAAAUUUGUUCCGGAAAAUGGUGAUGGAAAUUGUUAGAAACAAGAAAGUAACACUCUUUAAGAAGGUGUAUGUGAUCUAUAGCUUCUUUUUUGUCCGAAAGGUCAUAGCUCAUAUGGUCACCUUCAUGUUCUACUGUGUCGUACUUCCAUUGACCAUUUUGGUACCUGAAGUCGAAGUUCCUAAAUGGGGAGCCAUUUACAUCCCUUGUAUCAUCACCAUUUUGAAUUCAGUUGGAACUCCAAGGUCUGUUCAUCUGUUGUUUUACUGGAUUCUGUUUGAGAAUGUGAUGUCUCUGCACCGGACAAAGGCAACCUUAAUUGGUCUGCUAGAAGCGGGGAGAGUUAAUGAAUGGGUUGUCACUGAAAAACUUGGAGAUAUGAUGAAAAACAAAGCAAACACGAAAGGACCAAGAAAACCCAUAUUCAAGAUCGGAGACAGAAUUCAUAUGUUGGAGUUGGGAUUCGCAGCGUUCCUCUUCUUCAGUGGAUGCUAUGACUUUCUGUAUGGGAAGAACAACUACUUCAUAUACCUAUUCCUCCAAACCAUAACCUUUACUAUCAUGGGAUUCGGCUACAUUGGCACCAUUGUCCCAACUUAGUGGUGGCGGCACACUCAGAUUCCUUGCUAGCAUUCAUCAUCUCAGCAUGAAUCUUUCUCUCCUCUACAUCUACACCAGCAUAUAUACUAGUGCCUUCUGUUAUCGACACUUGAUUGCAUUUAUUCCAAUUUCAGCUCAUAAAAAAAAACAUAGUCGAGUUAUUAAUCGUGUUGAGCAGAAAAUUCUAGCUGUUUGUGUCUCCGGAAACACCAAAAACAAAAAAAGAGAGAACAGAAUGGUGUGUGAACACAUAUAUGAACAUGAAAAGAUUGAAGCAGAAGAAACUGCAUAUAAGAUUAGAGAAGUCAGUGUGUUGUUUUUAUUGAAAUAGAUUGCUUUGUAAUUGUGAGACUUUGUAUUUCUUUCUAUCUUGUUGAGUAUCUAAUUUGUUAGUUUUUUUUUUUUUUUUUUUUUUUUUGGGUCUUCUUAAAAUUUUUAUUUUAGAGCUUGGAGAGGGAAUAAGCUAAUGGCAAAGGGCCAACCUUGUAAGCUAAGUUUUUGUCAGUUUGCAGAGUCUUUAUUUGUUUAUUUGGUCAUAGACGAUUGUAUUAGAGAAAAGGGGAAAAAAUUAAUUGAAUGGAGGGUAUUUGAUAGUUUCAAUUA